AUGACUGACUUUUGCCCAGUAUACGCUCCCUUCUUUGGAUCAAUGGGUGCUGCAGUUGCCAUAGUAUUCACCUCAUUCGGUGCUGCUUAUGGAACAGCCAAAUCUGGUGUUGGUAUUUGCGUGACAAGUGUGAUGAGACCUGAACAAAUGAUCAAAAAUACUAUUCCUGUUAUUAUGGCUGGUAUUAUUGCUAUUUAUGGACUGGUUGUGUCAAUUCUCAUUGCUGGAAACUUGGCGCAACAAAUGACUCUCUUCGCUUCCUUCAUUCAACUUGGUGCUGGUCUAUCUGUCGGUUUGUCUGGUUUGGCCGCUGGGUUUGCCGUUGGUAUUGUUGGCGACGCUGGUGUUCGGGGUACAGGUCAACAACCCAGACUCUAUGUCGGCAUGAUCCUCAUUCUCAUUUUCGCUGAAGUAUUGGGUCUAUAUGGACUCAUUGUCGCUCUGAUCUUGAAUACCAAAGCUAGCGGUGCUUCUUGCACAUAA